AUGGCAAAGGGAUCCACUGUGCUACGAUUCGUGCGUCACGCAACGUACGUGAACUUUCCUCGACCGGAUGACUGUGCCUAUCUGCAUAAACUCGAUGUCUCCGAGCAGUGUGCCUUCGUCGAAAGUGCAGAAGCAUGCGCUGAAAGUCGUUUUUACUUCAACUACAUCCGAUUCCUGUACUGCACGAUCGGAUCGGACCACUACUUCCUGUUUGCGCUGGGGUUCGUCUUCCUGAUGCUCGUGUGUGUCUACUACUUCGUGAUCCUCGGAACGACCGCCGAUCAGUUCUUUUGUCCAACGCUAGCAACGAUUGCGAAGAGCCUCAACAUCAGUGAGUCACUGGCCGGUGUAACGAUACUGGCAUUUGGCAAUGGAUCGCCCGAUUUGUUCACCGCCAUCGCUAAUCCCGAUGCCGACACGGAGCUGAUGUUUUCCGAACUCUUCGGAUCGGCCGCCUUUGUGAUUGGCGUGAUCGGUGGCACGGUCCUACUCAUACAACCGUUUGACUUUGCCCCGUUGGCCAUCUCCAGAGACUUAGCCUUCUUCAUCGGUGGCGUACUGUGGAUUACGUACAAGGCCAACGACGAACGGUUUACGCUGCUGGAUAGUGGCGUCUUGAUUGGAAUUUACGUUGUGUUUCUGGUGCUCGUCGUUUGGGAGUUCAUCGCGGCUAAACGCGAAGUGCAGGGUGCCCGAUCGAGAAUUUCAGUGCAAGGAGGUGUCCCUGAGCUCCACGUUUCGUUUCGGAACAUCCGCGAAAAGGCUGAAAUCAUCAUCCGAUGCCGGGAUCCACAGCCAGCAGCCGGUGUCAGGGAAGAACUUCCACGCCCGGUGGCUGCCGAACAGGACACAUUACCGAAUGAAGGGCUGUGGAACGAUGCCUGGAAACACUUGAACCCAAUCGAUAUGGACGAUUGGUUGGAGGCCGGAUGGUUUAUGCGAUCGUUCACCAUAGCCAAAGUACCGUUCGUCCUGAUACUGCUGCUUACGAUCCCGAUGGUCGAUGUGACGGUGGAACGGGACGGUUGGUGCAAACUGUUGAACGUAUUCCACUGCCUCUCGUUGCCACUGCUGAUGGUGUGGAUUAAUGGCUUUGCUCUCGUCAAGGUGUUUAAAGUUCCGCUCUUAUGUUGGAUCGCCGUCCCGUCGCUUACAUUGAUGAUCAUCGUGUUCUGUACGUCCCGAACCGAUCGUUGCCCAAAGUACCACAAGCUGUUUACGGUUCUCAGCUUCCUGGGUUGCAUUCAGAUCAUCUAUAUUGUGGCACAGGAGGUUGUCAGUCUGCUGGAAACCCUGGGCAUUGUGCUGCAGCUCUCCAAGUCCGUUCUGGGUCUUUCGCUGCUCGCCUGGGGCAACAGUGUUGGCGAUCUGUUCUCGAACGUGGCCCUAGCACGCCAAGGCUAUGGCAAGAUGGCGUUUGCCGCUUGUUUCGGUGGUCCGUUGUUGAAUCUAUGCCUGGGAUUGGGUUUGACGCUGAUAGCAAAAGCCCUACGUGAUCCUAAUCUGGUGGCACAGGUCCGCAAAGGUGUGAUGGGCGAGAACUGUGAGGCGUACCUGUUCCAAAUCCUGGCCACCACCUGGCUGGGUUUACUGUUCACCAGCUUCGAAGGCCGCCGAAGCAUCGGCCUGUCGAUGAUAGUUACGUACGCAGUGUUUUUGAUAUUUUCUUUCCUUGGUGAGUUUGAACUUAUACACCCCUACGGAACGGACCAUCAUCCGGACCCGUUCGCGGAAAGAUCCAACGGCGCCGGCAGAUAA